CGAAAUGACAAGUAGUGGAGCUCUUUGGAAAUGUGAUUAGCCAAGCAAAUAGCAUUGUUUACAAAUGAGCAAUUACAUAUUUGUGUAAUAUUUGUAUGUUCUGUCAGGAACUAUUGCACGCUAUGAUAGCUGUUUGUUCGGAUAGUAACUGUAUACGGACUUACUGGACGUGUUCACUAAUAGUAUGGUUUUAGAAUAUAUUGUCCAGUAUUUUGUGAUAAGAAAAUAAAUAGGUCAAGUUACAUAAUGUGUAUGUAGAUUAGUGUGUUGCAUGUUAUGCAACACCCCAUGGUGUGUGUGUAAAUUUUAGCUGUUUGGAUGACACUGUUGUUUGGUGCGAAAAAUGGAUGCUACACAAGUGACGGGAACGAAUUUUGGAUACUUGUGGGCCAUUUCAAGUGGUAUUUUGUUCACUGUGAUCAAUUCUUGGGUACUUAACUCUUUGAUUCCUAAAAGCGCGUCACACACUGCUCCUCAAAAGUGGAAAUGGAAGAACACGGCCAAUUCUCUAUUGCAUUCUGUUAUAAGCGGUGCGUGGUCAUGCAUGUGCUUCUGGCAGUCUCCUGAAAUGAGGCAGGACCUUAUAUCUAAAUACACAGCAUCUGCCCAUGGAGUGAUUUCCUUUUCCACUGGUUAUUUCGCGUAUGACCUGAUAGACAUGAUACUGCAUCACAGAAAAAGAAGUAGCUAUGAACUCAUGAUCCAUCACAUCUUUGUGCUUCUAUGUUUUGGUCUAUCCGUGACAACACGAUUCUACCUGGGGUAUGGCCUGGUGGCUUUGUUAGUUGAAGUUAACAGCGUUUUCCUGCAUACAAGACAACUGAUGUUGAUACAAGGCAUUAAUAAACGUGAUUCCCUUUAUCGACUCAAUAGUACAUUGAACUUAGUGACGUUUAUAGUUUUCCGGAUAAUGACGUUGGGCUGGAUGACGAGAUGGUUGGUUCUCCAUCGAGAUGAACUCACUCUAACAGCUUUUUCAUUGGGCAGUAUAUCUAUGGCUGUCAUUAUGCUGAUGAACAUAAUACUUUUCUUGAGAGUGUUAAAUGCCGAUUAUCGACAAAGACCAGCCCGACAAACCAUUUUACAUGAAGAACCUGCAGACUGCAAAGGUCACACUAAAGUAAAAAGCUAAUUUAAUGCAGACCAGUUAUUCAUUUAUGUUGUGUAACUAUUUUUGUAAUGUAUGUAUUAAUGACAUAUUUUGUACUGCUGUGUAUUGCAUACUUCUUAAGGAGAAACUAAUAUGCCAAGAAUUGGACUGUUAUUGUACGAAACUGGAUAAUUAUUGCAAGAUGUUUCUGUCUAACUUAAGUAUUUUUAUAUGACUUUAUUUUUGUACCGAUGCUUAUAUAACUAUCAUUCCUAUUUAUAGAAUGACAUUUUGUUAUUUAAUUGUUGUUAUAAAGAUUGAAAUGAAGAGCAGAGACAAAAAUCAGAGUGUAAGUGGUAAUGGGAAUUUUAUAUGUAAUUCAUACACUAUCCAUUUUGUUCUAAACUACUUAAGUGGUAAAAUAAUGUAUCUAAAUGUUUGUGUUCAUAUUUGUGAUGUAAUGGUGUACCUAUACCAAUCUACUACCAAAGUUACAGAAUUUCUGUGUGUGUUCAUCAUUUAAUAAAGAGUAGGAUUGUUUAAUCAUACAGUGAGGGCUUUCACAGCCGAUAUUGGUGUCCUUGGUGAUUUUUGUUUAGUGGACGUUAGGCUGUGGUCCAAGACUUAUUUCUGUGUGUAAUGUUUUGUCUCCUAAUGCUGCUGACAUCACUGCUGGCUAUAAUGACAUGGAAAGCAGUUGCUAGCUCAACAAGCCAAACAUUAUCAGUUCACUGCCAAAGAUUACGGAGUCAUACUAAUGUAUAUUAUGGAGCUUGUAGUAGGGAAAAGUUGGGCCUGUUUGCUAUAUUUAUUAUACUAGGAUGUACAGAGUGUCCACAGAAAUUCAAAAUCACAAAAACAACAUUGGCAGCAAAGAAGGGUUAAAAUUGGCUUGAGUGCUAAAUAAAUCAAACAGGACUAACUCUUCAUCACUACUAGCUUCAUAACACACAUUGGUGUGUUCUUAGGUGUAUUGACUCACAAAAUGGCCAUUGCAUGGAUACGUAUAAAGAGUUCUGAGCUCAUAGCUGCUUUCUGAAUAGUUACAGCCUCUGAUGAUGUCUCCAUCAUCGAAAGAUGAAGUGCUAGGCAGAUAAAUAUGUCUCCAACAACAAAUUAAUCAAGUAGUAGUGUUUGUUACGUUUCUGUGAGUCAAAUUGUCUGCAGACUCACAGUAUUCCAAUUUAAGAUCAAGUAACUGGUGCUUUAGACCACUAGACAUACUAUUGCAAAUAUGUGUACAAGGACUAAUGUAAUUUCAGUUUGCAUUUGUGGUAAGGGCGUGUGAUACUUAAAUUCCAAAUAUUUUGUUACAAAAUUUUUGUUGGAAUUAUAAAUUAUGGAACUACGUAAUUUAUGUGCUAAAAGGUACAUUUCUGCAAAUUAGAAGAUUCCUUGUUCAAUCAUCAUGGGUCCAGAAAAUGAAAGGUCUAGUUUUGUAAAGACAAUGACAGCAGUUCAUUCAGCAUGCUUUUACUGUUAUGAGGUAACACAUAGUUCCUCAUUGUGAUUACUACAUGCAGUGAAGGUAAUGAAAUGUAUGUAAAUUUCAUUUACAAUAUUAUUUCCAAAGCCCUCAUUACACAUGAGAUUUUUCUAUAGUGUUUCAUCUUGAUUUGUGUUGCAGAUUUUUAGAAACUCACCAUAGAGCGUAGACCAUUAGAAUUUUGUGCAUUAUAUCAACUAUGUACAAUAUACCAACUGUACUCACAGGCCACUGUAAAGUGAUUAUGGAAGAUA